GGUUCCUUCGAACCUAGGCGUCUUGGAACCCAGGGCUUGGGUCUCGAUGGAACCCAAGCAACCUGGGUUUCCCAGGCGUCUUGGGUUCGAUCGAACCCAAGCUCUGGGUUCGAAACCCAGGCUGCUUGGGUUCGAUCGAAACCCAGGCAAGGCUCUGGGUUCAAUCGAAACCCAGGCAAGGCUCUGGGUUUCGAACGAACCCAGAUCUGGGUUUCGAACGAACCCAGGUGCCUGGGUUUCGAACGAACCCAGAGCUUGGGUUCGAUCGAAACCCAAGCAAGGCUCUGGGUUCGAUCGAAACCCAGAGCCUAACUAGGUUUCGAUUGAACCCAAGAGAAAAAAAAAGAAAAAAAUUCUCUUUUUUUUUUUUCUGUGGAUUUGGUUGGUUGAUGAUGAUGAAGAAGGCAAGGCUUGCUGAGGAACUGGAGAGCACUGUUGUUCUAGGUUCGAAUGGGUUUAGGGAAGAAAGGGGGAGAAGGAUUCAGGUUUUGUAGGAGGUGGGACCCACUUUUUUUUCUUGUUUGGUUUUGGGCAAAAUGGGUCAUAUUGCCCUGUCAUCUUUUUUUCCAGGUGUGCGUUUGUGGUGUCACUUUAUUGUUGACAUGUCAUCGUGCUUUUGUUAAUCAAGGACACGUCACUAG